AUGGCUACGGUGGAGGGGCGGCCGGCGCAAUAUGGCGUCAGCCUCCGGCAGCUGCGCGAGCUGAUGGAGACUCGAGGCCCCGAGGGGUUAGCCAAGAUCAACGCGCUCGGCGGGCCACAGGAGCUGUGCAAGAAGCUUUACACAUCGCCCACGGACGGUCUUAGCGGUACGAAAGCAGACCAGCAGCACAGGCGGGAGGUAUUCGGUUCGAAUUUAAUCCCACCGAAGCCCCCCAAGACCUUCCUAACUUUAGUAUGGGAAGCUUUGCAGGAUGUCACCCUCAUUAUUCUGGAGGUAGCAGCUGUCGUCUCGCUAGGAUUGAGUUUUUACAAGCCGUCCGAAGAUGAGAGCGAUAUUGGUCACUUGGACGAGGAGGAGGGUCACUACCAAUGGAUCGAAGGUCUGGCGAUCUUAAUAUCCGUCAUAGUUGUUGUUAUAGUCACAGCGUUCAACGAUUACACGAAAGAGAGACAGUUCAGAGGGCUUCAAUCGAGGAUAGAAGGCGAGCACAAGUUCGCGGUGAUCCGCGGCGGUGAGGUUAAUCAAGUGCCUAUCAGCGAGAUCGUCGUCGGGGACAUCUGCCAGAUAAAAUAUGGCGACUUGCUUCCUGCUGAUGGUAUCCUGCUGCAGAGUAACGACCUCAAGAUCGAUGAAUCGUCGCUCACUGGUGAAUCGGACCAUGUCAAGAAGGGUGAAUCUUUUGAUCCCAUGGUGCUAUCUGGUACUCAUGUUAUGGAAGGUUCGGGGAAGAUGCUAGUAACAGCUGUGGGUGUGAACUCACAAGCCGGUAUCAUCUUCACGCUUCUCGGUGCCGCCGUGGACAAACAAGAGAAAGAGAUCAAGCAGAUAAAGAAAGGCGAUGAGGACGCGACCUUGCCGGCUGCUGGAAACAGUCAUGGCGCGAACCACCUGCCCGAAGAUAACCACGUGGCCGCCCCAACGGAAAAGCCGCAUGAGACCAGCCAUAAGAAGGAGAAGUCUGUUUUGCAAGCAAAACUGACCAAGCUCGCCAUACAGAUCGGUUACGCUGGCUCCACGAUUGCAGUGCUGACAGUAAUCAUCCUCGUGGUUCAGUUCUGCGUGAGGACUUUCGUCAUCGAAGGGCGGCCGUGGAAGGCCACUUACGUCAACAACCUGGUCAAGCACCUCAUUAUCGGUGUCACCGUGCUGGUGGUCGCUGUCCCCGAGGGGUUGCCGUUAGCUGUCACCCUGUCGCUUGCUUACUCUGUUAAGAAAAUGAUGAAAGAUAACAACCUGGUGCGUCACUUAGACGCGUGUGAAACGAUGGGCAACGCGACCGCUAUCUGCUCCGACAAGACGGGUACUCUCACCACUAACAGAAUGACGGUAGUCCAGUCCUACAUCUGCGAGAAGCUCUGCAAAGUCACCCCCAACUUUAGGGAUAUCCCCGCAGAAGUGGGGGAGACGCUUAUAGAAGGAAUGUCGGUUAACAGUGCUUUCACUUCUAGGAUUAUGCCUUCCCAAGACCCGACCGGUCCGCCCAUGCAAGUUGGAAACAAGACCGAAUGUGCUCUUUUGGGCUUUGUGCUGAAUUUAGGGCAGAGCUACGACGCUGUACGUGAACGACACCCAGAAGAGUCCUUUACGCGGGUAUACACGUUCAAUUCCGUGCGAAAGAGCAUGUCCACCGUCAUACCUUACAAAGGCGGGUACAGGCUUUACACUAAAGGCGCUUCCGAGAUUGUUUUAAAGAAAUGUGCAUUCAUCUACGGACACGAAGGCCGCCUGGAGAAGUUCACGCGUGACAUGCAAGAGAGACUGGUCAAACAGGUCAUCGAACCUAUGGCCUGCGACGGCCUGAGGACCAUAUCCGUCGCCUACCGGGACUUUGUGCCGGGCAAAGCUGACAUCAACCAGGUGCAUAUAGACCAAGAACCGAAUUGGGAUGACGAGGACAACAUCGUGAACAACCUUACCUGCCUCUGUGUCGUCGGUAUUGAGGAUCCUGUCAGGCCCGAGGUGCCGGAAGCUAUCCGCAAAUGCCAGAAGGCGGGCAUCACGGUUCGCAUGGUGACGGGUGACAACGUGAACACGGCCCGGUCUAUCGCGAUCAAGUGCGGCAUUCUCAAACCCAGCGACGAUUUCCUUAUCCUGGAAGGCAAGGAUUUCAACACACGAAUUCGGGAUGCGAAUGGAGAGGUACAACAACACCUGCUGGACAAAGUGUGGCCGAAGCUGCGCGUGCUUGCGCGUUCGUCUCCCACGGAUAAAUACACGCUGGUGAAAGGAAUGAUCGAGUCCAAGGCGUUCGACAAGCGAGAAGUUGUCGCGGUCACCGGCGACGGAACCAACGACGGACCCGCGCUCAAGAAAGCCGACGUUGGAUUCGCUAUGGGUAUCGCCGGUACGGACGUAGCCAAAGAAGCCUCGGACAUCAUCUUGACGGACGACAACUUCUCGUCGAUCGUAAAGGCGGUGAUGUGGGGCCGCAACGUGUACGACUCCAUCGCCAAGUUCUUACAGUUCCAGCUCACCGUCAACGUGGUCGCCGUCAUCGUGGCUUUUAUUGGCGCGUGCGCGAUACAGGACAGUCCUCUCAAGGCCGUGCAAAUGCUGUGGGUAAACCUGAUCAUGGACACGUUGGCGUCGCUGGCGCUGGCCACUGAGCUGCCCACGUCCGACCUGCUGCUACGCAAGCCCUACGGACGCACCAAACCGCUCAUCAGCCGCACCAUGAUGAAGAACAUUCUCGGACAGGCCAUCUACCAGCUCUUCAUCAUAUUCUCGCUGCUCUUCGUUGGUGACAGAAUACUAAACAUCCCCUCGGGUCGGGGCCAGCCGUUAGGCUCGGAACCAACGCAGCACUUCACCAUUAUCUUCAACACUUUCGUAAUGAUGACGCUGUUCAACGAAAUCAACGCGCGUAAGAUACACGGCCAGAGAAACGUCUUCGAGGGGCUCUUCACCAACCCUAUCUUCUAUUCGAUAUGGAUCGGUACUGCUUUGUCGCAGGUGGUUAUAAUCCAAUUUGGAGGCAUGGCGUUUAGUACGGCAGGUCUUUCGAUAGACCAGUGGCUUUGGUGUUUGUUCUUCGGCGCGGGGACGCUGGUGUGGGGACAGUUGGUCACCACUGUACCCACCAAGAAAAUACCCAAGAAGCUCUCUUGGGGCCGAGGCCAGCCGGACCCGGAGUCCAUCCAGCCCGGUCCGGACUACGACUCGGAUCUGGACAAGAAGCCGCGCGCCGGACAGAUCCUGUGGAUCCGCGGGCUCACGCGCCUGCAGACGCAGGUCAUAGGUGGCGAGUUACAGGAGCGCUUGAUUCCGGUGCCCUACAGCAAGACUUCCACCGAUCAAGCUAUACGCGUGGUGAACGCGUUCCGGCAGGGGCUGGACUCGCGCGGCUCGUUGGCCGACGCGGCGCUCGCGGAGGCGCUGCGCAAGCAGACGGCGCUCUCCAAGCGCUUCUCGCACACGUCCAGCGUGGACUACGACGCGCGGGACGCGCGCGACGCGCUGGCGCCGCACGACCUGGACGUGGAGCGCCUCUCCAGCCACAGCCACACCGAGACCGCCGUGUAA